AUGGCGCCCAUAACAUCCAUUUCGCUUCUGCUCGCAGCAUCAAGCGUAGCACUCACCUCCAUAAUCCCCCUCAUCCCCAACCAAAACCAGCAGCAACUCUCCAACACCGAUGACACGAGCGACACUCCCCUCCCCCUCAUAAUCUGGCACGGUCUCGGCGACAACUUCGCAGGCGAAGGUCUCGCCUCCGUCGCUGAACUGGCUGAAGAAAUAAACCCAGGAACCCUCACCUACAUAAUCCGACUCGGGGACGACCCGAACGCAGACCAACGCGCGACGUUCUUCGGAAACCUGACGCUUCAGCUGGAGAGCGUAUGCGCUGAUAUAGCCGCGCAUCCUAUCCUAUCUACCGCGCCGGCUGUUGAUGCCCUUGGUUUCUCGCAGGGCGGCCAGUUUCUGAGAGGAUAUAUCGAGCGAUGUAAUAGUCCGCCUGUGAGGAGUUUAGUAACGUUUGGAAGCCAACAUAACGGGAUCUCAGAGUUCCAAGCGUGUGGAACUACAGACUGGCUCUGCAAAGGCGCACAAGGCCUCUUACGCUCAAACACCUGGUCGAGUUUCGUACAGAACCGAUUAGUUCCCGCGCAGUACUUUCGCGAUCCGCUACAAUACGAUGAUUACCUGCUGUAUUCGAAUUUCCUGGCUGAUAUCAACAAUGAGCGGGUGUUGAAGAAUCAGACGUAUAAGGAGAAUAUGGAGAAGCUUGAGAGGUUUGUGAUGUAUAUCUUUGAGGAUGAUACGACUGUGAUUCCGAAGGAGUCCGGGUGGUUUUCGGAGGUCAAUGGGACGCAGGUUACGUUGUUGAGGGAUCGGGAGUUGUAUAAGGAGGAUUGGAUUGGGUUGAAGAGUUUGGAUAAGAAGGGAGCUUUGAAGUUUGAGACGACGGAGGGGGGACAUAUGCAGUUGACUGAUAAGUUGUUGAAGACGGUGUUUGAGCAGAAUUAUGGACCGUUUGGGAAGAAGUUUGCGAAGAGUUGGGAGGAGGCGGCGUAUGACUAUGUUACGAGGCACACCGAUAUGUAA